AUGGCUGCAGCCACACCUGCUAGACAUUUCUAUUUGGGAAAUGCAGGUUGCGGUCAUUCAUCAGUCACUGUAGGUGUAAAGAUAGUUUUAGCACAUCUGUGUAUGGUUCCUGACGUGAAACGCAUUAUCCUCUACACGUGCAUGAGUUACUUCUCCCAGAAUGAGACAGUAACAAUUAAAUUACUUAAUGGACUUUCGGAACUAGGGAGUGCCUCGGAAUUCACCUGGUUCAACAGCUCCAACUUGACAGACGAUGAUGUAGAGAAGCAGAAUGCAGGGGGCUUAUCCAGGGUGACAUUUGAUCAGAAUAAAACCCAGAUUCUUUCUAGUUUCUUUGCCCAGUGCAUUUCACUCUGUAAUGCACGCUAUUCUCUCAAAACUAACCUGGAUGCUAUUAAAAGAACGGGGUGUGGGAAGAAUGCCAAACCUGUUAAGUUUAGGAGUUUGCUCAUUGGGUUUCCAGCAUUUGUGCUUCAUACAGAAUGCCCCUGUGGUGGGGGUAAUAACCACGCUGAUAAAACUGAUUUUUGCUUUUUAGGUGAGAGUUACGUGUGCGCAUCGAACGAACCGUUCCGUAAAGUUGAUUACACCAAAAACGUUAAUCCGAACUGGUCUGUGAACAUCAAAGGUGGGACCCCUCGGGCCUUGGCUGCCCCCUCCUCGGUGAAGAGUGAGGUGAAGGAAAGUAAAGAUUUCAUCAAACCCAAGUUAGUGACUGUGAUUCGAAGUGGAGUGAAGCCUAGGAAAGCUGUGCGGAUCCUUCUCAAUAAGAAGACUGCUCAUUCCUUUGAACAGGUCUUAACAGAUAUCACCGAAGCCAUUAAACUGGACUCAGGAGUGGUCAAGAGGCUCUGCACGCUGGACGGGAAGCAGGUUACUUGUCUGCAGGACUUUUUUGGUGAUGAUGAUGUUUUUAUUGCAUGUGGACCUGAAAAAUUCCGUUAUGCCCAAGAUGACUUUGUCCUGGAUCACAGUGAAUGCCGCGUCUUGAAGUCAUCUUAUUCUCGCUCGGCAGCUGUUAAGUAUUCUGGAUCCAAGAGCCCUGGGCCUUCUCGACGCAGCAAAUCACCAGCUUCAGUAAAGAGGGGUGGCCACUCCUCCAGUGCCUACUCUGCAGCCAGAUCCCCAGUUAAUGGAACUCCCAGCAGCCAGCUUUCCACUCCUAAGUCUACGAAAUCCUCCAGUUCUUCUCCAACUAGCCCGGGAAGUUUCAGAGGAUUAAAGCAGACGUCUGCACAUGGCAGAUCUUCUUCCAAUGUAAACGGCGGACCUGAACUUGAUCGUUGCAUGAGUCCUGAAGGUAGUUCUCAACCUGAUGAUUACUUUUAUAAAGGAAGCCAUUCACGUGAACUUGGCGGCCACCCAAAAUCCACUUGGAAGCUUUACCGCUGCCUGUGUGCUGCACAGAGUAGCUCCGUGUCCUUUAAGCCCUUCUGCUUAGCUCUGGUACAUAGAUUGCCACCCAGGUCCACUGGAAAGGAGUUUGCCCUAAAGAUUAUAGACAAAGCCAAAUGUUGUGGAAAGGAACAUCUGAUUGAGAACGAAGUGUCGAUACUGCGCAGAGUGAAGCAUCCAAAUAUCAUCAUGCUGGUUGAGGAGAUGGAAACGGCCACUGAGCUCUUUCUGGUGAUGGAAUUGGUCAAAGGUGGAGAUCUCUUUGAUGCCAUCACCUCUUCAACCAAGUACACCGAGAGAGACGGCAGCGCCAUGGUGUACAACCUGGCCAGCGCCCUCAGGUACCUCCAUGCCCUCAGCAUCGUGCACAGAGACAUCAAGCCAGAGAACCUCUUGGUGUGUGAAUAUCCCGAUGGAACCAAGUCUUUGAAGCUGGGCGACUUCGGGCUGGCCACCGUGGUGGAAGGCCCUCUGUACACGGUCUGCGGCACGCCGACCUACGUGGCUCCAGAAAUCAUUGCUGAAACCGGCUAUGGCCUGAAGGUGGACAUUUGGGCGGCUGGUGUGAUCACCUACAUACUCCUCUGUGGAUUCCCACCCUUCCGAAGUGAGAACAAUCUGCAAGAAGAUCUCUUCGACCAGAUCUUGGCUGGGAAGCUGGAGUUUCCAGCCCCCUACUGGGAUAACAUCACAGACUCAGCAAAGGAAUUAAUCAGUCAGAUGCUUCAGGUAAACGCAGAAGCGCGGUGUACGGCGGGGCAAAUCCUGAGUCACCCCUGGGUGUCAGAUGACGCCUCCCAGGAGAAUAAUAUGCAAGCAGAAGUCACAGGUAAACUAAAACAGCACUUUAAUAAUGCGCUCCCCAAACAGAACAGCACCACAACCGGGGUCUCCGUUAUCAUGGUAAGUGGGACGUGGGGCUCUGCCCUUGCAAAGCUGCAGGGUCUGGCCUGAUGGCCCAGCCGGCGUUGAAUCUUGUAAAGUCAGUAGCCGAGAGCUUCCUCACGUGGUGGUGGGCGCCUUCCACGCUCCUCUCUCCACCUCAGGAACGGCUUGGCAUGUGAAGGGCACCUUUUGGCCGACUCCUGGGCCUUGAGUCCUGGGAUGAGAGGUUGCACAGGUCCCGGCAAGGCCAGGCUGAUGGGCCCCUGGCCAGGGAGCCCCGGCCUCCUCUCCUGAGGAAGCCCCAGCGCCCUCCUGGCAGCUGCUUCUGUUCUCAUCUCUGCUCUCCAGCCCUGAGCCCAGGUGGGACUGACAGUGUAAGGAGGUAACUCCCUGAUCACCCAGGCUUCACAAAUAGAUUGAGAUCUGAAUUAAUCUUUGGGACUUGGGAUAAGAAAGAGCCAGAGUUAAAUUCCAUUUAAAAAAAAGUCAGUGUUUUGAGCUUUUAAAAGUUGAGAACAAUGAGAAAAAUACUAGCUUCUUUCAAGGUUGGUAAAAUUUUAUGAGAAGUCAGUAAUAGUGGUCCCUGUAUUUCUUUAGAUCUUCCUUCCAAAAUGUUUAAGGUAGCUUACCUAAAUCCACAAGCGCAGCAGAUGACCCAUGGCAUUAAAGUACGUGAAGUAACGUUAAAGUAAGUUCAGCAAAAGGGAGGAGAAGGGAGGAAAAAUAAAAUUGAGCCAGAAAUGUGUUCAGCACACCCACCACCAGCUGUCCAGACCCAAGUCUUGCCGAGGUGGGGCCGUGUCCCCAGCAUGUCCCCACCUGCCUCGGUGCCACGACUGAAGCACCAGCACCUCGGCUGUGAUCUCUGUUCCCCCCCAACACAGCUCACAGAAUCAGGGAGCUGGUGGCGGCUUCCUUCCCCAGAGCAGACAGUCAGACUGUGUAAGGAGAAGGCGUCUUGCCACCCCGGACAGUGAGAAUCCACGGCUUGUUGGGUCCCCAGAAGCUGGACAGAGAGUGACGGGCUGUCUCCCCGGCUCCAUCUGGAGAGCCCGCCCCCUCUGGAGAGCUUCUGGUUUCCUCCCCAACUGGAAGGAGAACAGUUGCUAUUCUGGUGGCACACUGUAGUCUAGGAACCUCCCCUCCAAGGACUCGGGUCCAGGUGGAAGCUGGAGGGAACCCACCUCGUGAGUGUGGCCUGUGUGCUGUGUCCCUGGGCCUCCAGCGCUGUCCCAGCUCUGCUGGUUUGUCCUCCUCCCUGGGGAGGCCGCAUGUGUUAGGUGGCUGUCUGUCUGUCCUCGGGGCUCUUCCUGCUGGGAAGCUGCCCCCCGCCCCAAGGCUCACACGUGGGUCUCCUGACAAGUUGUGGGACCUUGGGGUGCCCUGCACCAAAAUAGUGAGGCCUCUGGAGUUGUGGUCUUCCUGGCACUUAGCAGUUCUGCUGAAGCCUAGGAGAGCCAGGGUUGUCACAGACUUGCAGAAGAGAGCCUUUGGAAAGAGCCACCUUGACUGAGCCCCCAGCACGAGGUUGAUUCCCAGCGAAAAGGCUGCCGGGAGAGUGAGGCCUUGCAGCCUGGCAGGAAUUGAGAAAAAUUGGAAACACUGAAAAUUGGGACCCUCAACAUGUAAUCAAAAACCUUAAGAUUGAUUUAUUAGAAGUACAAUUUAAUAAGCACAUAUUAACGAAGCAUCUGCGUCUCCUAGUGGACGAGCCUUUGUAGGGUGGGCCGGGCUCACCCAAGUUCUCCCCGAGUUCCCGGGGUCGCCUGUUGACUCACAGCCCAUGGGAAUGGAUGGCGCGAGGCCUGUGGCCUGCCACAGUUCUGGAAUGAUCGGCCCUUCUGGCCCAGUGUAGGCUCUGUUCUGCAGAAGGAGGUUUCAGCCCUCUUACCCACAGAAUCCUAUCUUACGGUUUACAAAUGGCAUUUUUUCCAUUUGCUGAUGGAGUUCAACCGUUAAAUUUCAAACUC